UGAUGUCGUAUUUAUGACAGAUAAGUGUAACAGGUGAGCCUGCUGGUUAUCUCCUGGGCUUGGUCUCUUAUCUUGCUUAUCAGCCCAAGUGGAGACACCUUGCUGCUCACACCUUUGCUGCUCCGGUGAAACUUGAAAUGAGAGACUUGGUGGUGUUGUGUGUUGCGCUCGUUGUGUACGAAGCUGCAGCAGACUUGUGCCAGAAGUGUGUUUGCAGCAAGGACGAGCUGAACUGCGACUAUGCGGGUCUCGAGGACCACUUUGACGACUCCGAGUGGAACGGAACUGACCAGACGAUAGUUUCAUUUGGCCACAACUACAUCAUACACUUGAAGCCGUUUCCGCAGCUGCCCGUGACCAAUUUGUCCCUGAGCCAUAACUGGAUCGCCAGAAUUGAGCCUGCAUGCUUCAAACAGCUGGCAAAUUUAACACAGCUAGAUUUGAGCCAUAACCGACUUACUUCAGACCAACUAAGACCUGACGUUUUCAAGGGCCACUAUGCUCCAGAAGCCUACGAACCUUUGAGAAACCUGAAGACUUUGAACUUGGCCUCAAACGCUUUACACUCGCUGCACUCUGAUCUGUUUGAACAUUUGCCUAACUUGGAAGAUCUCUCUUUGGCCUCAAACCCACUGAAGGUUCUAGAUAGGCAGACGACGAUCGCAAUUACUUCUAUACCUUAUUUAAAGAUUUUAGAUUUGUCAAGUACGUCCCUCCGCACAUUCUGUGAACAUGUUCUUCACACUCCUCGGUUUCUCGAGGUUCUCGAUCUCUCCAGGAACUUGUUCAAGACUGUCCCUCAAACCUUGGAAGAUUCUCACAGUUUGAAGAAGCUCUUCCUCGAUGAGAAUCCUAUCAGUGAAAUCAUGAGUUUCCCGCCGCUGCCGUACCUGGAGGUGUUGAGCAUAUCCUGGAUGCCCAACUUGACCAGGAUAGGACCAGGAUCCCUGAGUGGUCUUGUGUCCCUGCAGGAGUUGUACUGUUCUCACAACCCUUUACUGAACAACAUCAGUGGUGCUGCUCUCAGCCAACCAGCUGUGGGCAGUCAGACAUGGCCUCCACUCAAGAAGAUCGCCUUGAACAACAACAAGUUAGGGUACUUGGACUUUGAACUGGUGGGUCACUGGGAACAGCAGGAGAUGGUCAACAUUCAGAACAACCCUUGGGUGUGUGAGUGUCACAACCAGUGGCUAGUGUCCACACUGUUGCCUCUGUUGGAGCGGCUCAACGGCUCCGAACACAAUGUGGCUGGCGUGGUCUGCCACGCGCCUGACGCCAUGAUGGGCCAGAGUCUAGCUCAGCUGGAUCAUAGAGCCUACCACAUGAGGUGUCUGGACCUCUACGACCACCAUCCCGAGAGAGACGGCUCCUUCCUGGUCGGAACACUGAUUGGAGUUAUCUUCGCCGUGCCGUUGACUAUACUGGUGUAUGUCACGUACAGUAGGCAUCUGCGCACCACGGCCGCCCGCUACCACCGAGCCUUCUACAAGCCACAGGGAGCCAUGCAUGAGUUCUCCAUCAAUCCUGCGUCUGAGUUGUGAGCAAAGAGCAUGAGCUAACGGAUAACUCAUGGUCUAACUCAUGCUAAUGGGUUAGUUGUUGCUAUGGUGUUAUGGAUUAAUGUGUUUGGGCGAUGCAUCUGAUGGUGAUUCAAUUGUAAAUCAUAAAUGUUGUUGUUUGUUCACUUGUUAAUUUUAUUAGGUCUAUAAGAACUGACAAAAUUAAAUUGAGGAUUUGGUUUUACCACGGCAUAAGAAAUAACAUUAAUUUUACUCUGUAGGCCUACACAAAUAUUAGAAUAUUCCACCGUCACUAGGAUUUUCAACUAAUGAGGUUUGAGUUGUAAAGAGAGAUGUCUUGAGCUCCACAAGCCAGGAAGUUUACAGUCGCCUUUCCAGCUCAAACCUCUAAUUUUGCAGCCCAAUUUUGAUGAAAAUCUCUUAUCAACGAACCAC